CGCCAUUUUGUUUCAAAGGCUUUCCGUCUUUCUUCUCUUUCUUCAUUUGUGUUUACAUUGAAUAUGCUAUGAAUUUGCUAGUUUUGCCACUGUAAUUUUAAUAAAAUAACACUUAUAGGGGUUGCUCCGCACCAAAUCGUUGUUACAAUGAUGCCAAAGGCUUUCACACGUUUCGUUUUCCGUCUGACGUACAUUAUAGACGUACCAAGUGGAAACCAACUUCCGACUUUUAAGGCUAUGUGAGUUGAUAUUUUCAAUUUCUAUCAUGGAUAUGUCGCUGGCUACCGCUGGCCUUGAUUGGGCACGCAGUGUGGACGCAGCCAUGGACCAACGCAGCCAAGCUUACCAGGCUGGGCCAGCGACUCGACCAAUAUGUGGAAGCAGGACUGAAAUUUUUAAACAGGUGCGUUUGGAAUGUGUGGUGAGUUUAUUGAAGGCAGCUGUGGCUCCACUCAGCUCAUUCAUAAUGGAGGCACUUGCUCUGAAUCACCCUUUAACGGCCGCCAUUCGCCAACAACUGCAACUGGUUCCAAGCAAAAUGGUGCUGAAAAGUAUCAAUUCAAUGAAACCUACAACACCGACCAUGAUGUGGAGGACGAUGAGGAAGAGCCGGCCGGGGAUUGAGACCUAGAGGGUGUGGAAGAGGCUGUCGAGGAGGCUGUUGAAGAGGCUGUCGAAGAGGCGAGUGGAGAGGCUUUCUGAAGGAGGCUGAGGUUCUAAAUAAGCUGGAGCAAGUGAGUAAGUUUUACUGGAGCAAUUUAGUGAGAUGGAGUACUCAGAGAUUUGGGCACAGUCUUUAUUAUGAUUGAGUGAUUCAAUCAAUUCAUAAAUAUGAACAUUUUGAUUUUUAUGAGAAAGUGAAUUUUUGAAAUACAAUUAGGAAAAUUAAAUUUGGAAAAACAAAUUUGAGAAUUUUCAAAGGAAAAAACAAAAAUAUUUCUAGGAGAAAAAGGUUUUGAUUUUGAAAUGUGGAACAGAAUCUAUUAAACUGUCAAAUAAGGAAUAGUUUCAAUUGAUUUGAAAUGAUAAUGAUGAUGAUUGAAAAAUAGAAAUACUGGUAAUAAUAUUAACAACUGAUUAAUAAUGAUUAAACAUUUUGUUCAUAAUUAUCAUACAGAAAUAGUAUUGCCUAAAUUGAAAAAAAUGGUCAAUUGUUUAAUAUUUUUUCAUUGAUUGAUGAUGCUUGAUUGACAGAGCUUAGUUGUGGAGAGGAUAUUCUUUCAAGUUAAUUAUUUAAAAAUCACUCUCUCAUUCCGCAUAAAAAUGAAUUUUCCAUUCUGCUUUAUUCCAACGAGAGUUCCAUUAAAGCUAUUAUAUAUUUUAAGAGUCCUACACCAAAAUGAUGUCCUGGCCAAAUGCUUAGAUGAUGAACUAAUCAACAAAAAAUAUUUUUCAACCAAAAGAUGGUUCUGAAUAGAAAACUGUAGCAUUGAGAGAGAGAGAGAGAUUGAGAAACAGGAAGGGAUUUGAGCAUGAAUUAUGUUUAGAUUUAUACUAUUGCUAUUUCAAUAAUAUUGAAUAUUUAUUUGAAUAAUAUUGUUAUUUAUUAAUAAUUCAAUAACACUAAGCCUCUGCACUCAGGUUUUUUCAAACCUUGCAGAGACUUGCUGUUUAAUAUAUUUAUAUUUAAUCCAAUUUGAUGGUAUUUCAUUCUUCAUGUUAAAUUGUAUUAUAGUUUUUUAUUACCAUUGUCAUUGAAAUUAUGUUUAUAUUAUUAUGUUAUAUUGUUAUGCAUUCACAUUUUUACCUAUUCAUUUUUCAUUGUAUAUUGAAUUUUACUUCUUUUUAACCAUUGUCACUUGUAAUUAUGUUUAUAUUGUUAUGUUAUAUUAUUACAUCAUAUUGGUAUGUAUUAUAUUAAUAUCUUAACCUAUCUGUUGGUAUUUCAAUUAAUAUUAUAUAUUACUUUUUUACAACCAUUGUCAUUGUAAUUAUGUUUUUAGGGAAAAUAAAGAUUUGAUUUAAUUUGAUAUUGCAGUUUGGUGGUUAACUCAUUAUUGAUUGAACAGCAGUAAUUAGAGCAUUUCAGAGAAAAGCUACCUAGUUGAAUUACGUUCUUUGAGCAACCUGGAAGGUAAUACUAGUACUUGUCUACAAAUCAGCUUGUUUUUCGGAAAAGUAGGGAGUUGGAAGUUCUAGACUUAUCUGAAUUUCGUAAUCAUUCAUUGUACGUUGGUUGGAACAAAAAUGGUUCAUUGUCGACUUUGGUCAACAGCUGAGAGAGUUUACCUCGACCACAUAGUAAACCCUCUGUACCACUCAGCAAACCACAACAAAACCUUCCAACAACACCACACAGCUUGAGCCAACAACUUACAACAGGUGAUCACAGGGGGGGGGGCGAAUAAGCAAACAGUGUGAUUAAAAUUAUUUGGGGGAGGGUUCAAAACAAUUAUUGGUGGUAAAUAAAAAAUAUUUGGUUGGGGGGGAUUUGUAUACUGUAUUUGAGGUAUUCAGGGGGUGGUAUAAAAGCGGGGUAUUCAGAGUGGAUGUACUAAAUUUGGGGUAUUCAGGGGGUCUUUGAGCUUGCAGUGGGGAUUGGACAAAUAUUUACUUUGAAAUGCAAAUACCUUGACUGGCCCACACAGGUGGCCUCUGCCUCAAGGCGGCCUCGGGCGCCUCAAGGCCGCCUUCAGGCCUCAGACUCACAAAGUGUGUGGAACCGAUACUUACAUCACAUUCAACAGUUUCUCAUCACAAUGAUACCUCUACCACAACUGGUUGACAAAAAAAAUUCCCCAAAACCCUAUCAUCCAAAAACCUUGGAGCAUUCAAUCCUCCAUAUUCAUGAUAAUGCAGCAACAUCUGAACGUUCAAACUGUAGAAAUUCCUCUCAGAGAACAACAAAAGCAAGUCAAGAAUGAACCGAUUUGUUCCACCCAACAUACAAAAGUUACUCUACCAUAAAAAAUCCAGUUCCAUCUGUUUAAAAGCAAUGUAUUUGUCUGGUACAAUGACUGUACCAGACAUUCAUCUGAACCUCCCUCAAAUUUAUGAAAUAUCCUCUGCUUUGGCCAUCAAAAGAUCAACUGAUUUUUUGAAAAAUAUAUUUUGGCCUAUCAGACUUAUCAGUCAACUAGGCUGAAAUAAGGAAACCUGUCCAGGAAAUGCUCAAUAGUAAUUCAACUAUUCUUGGAUGAAAGAAGUUUUGGUUCCUGAAUCAUGCAUGGUUGGUUAUAUGAUUACUGUUUACUGUAAAAGACUGAAAAUAUUCCUAAUAAUUGAACCCUACAGAUCUGUUUUUCUUUUUGGAGGACUUUGUAUUAAUAAAUUAAACUAUUCAAAAUGACAAAUUUCAGUUGAAAAUGACAAAUUUCAGAUAGUAAAUAGAAAUUGUGGGCUCUUGAACAAUCUUGACAAAUAUGAAGCUAUGAAACUUAUUUACUGUGAAAAAACAAAAUUUCCCCAAAUAGUCGAAUAAUUUAAACAGUUUUAGGAUAAUAUGGUAAAAUGAUAUUGAGAGGGUAUUAAGGUCAAGUCAAGGUCGAGUCGUGGCCAAGUCAGAGUCAGUCAGUGGUCAAGGUGGAAGUCAAGAUUGAACCAGAGCCUCAAUUUUCUACUUGAAACAUUGCAAUUAUCUGUCUUGGAGUUUGCAGACUUGAAACUGCAAUUAUCUGAAGGUAGAGUGCUUUCAUUAUUCUAUUGAUUUAUGGGAUUGGCCAAUGCUA